AAAAAGGAGUAUAUAUUGCUGUGUCAUCAGUAUAAUUAUACAGUAUAUAUAGAGCUAUAUACGACCAUAUAUGAAGCUGUUGACAAUUACUCUUUGGUGAAGUAGAUCUGAAAUCUACCACUCUCCUCUAAAGACAGAUUACAGAGAGAGAAGAGGAAGAUAGAUAGAGAUAGACAGAGAGAGAGAGAAAGAGUGAGAGACUCACAGGUUUUUAACACUAGAAAAACCUACUGAUACUGAUUGUUUUGAAGGUCUUUCGUUGAAGAAGGAAGUGAAAAAGAGGGAAUACUCAUCUUUUUGCUCUCCCUUAAGUGGAGAGUAGUAGUAAUUGUAGCAACAAACCCAAGAAAAAACCAUGGCUUCUUAUGAAGCUACGAAUGUUAUUUUCACCAAGGUCAAGAAUUUAGACCCAGAGAAUGCUUCGAAAAUCAUUGGGUACAUUCUCAUUCAAGACCUUGCAGAGAAAGAUUUGGUGCGACUGGCUUUCGGACCGGAUAACCUUUUGCACUCGUUGGUUGUAAGGGCUAAAAUCCAGUUGGGACUUUGCUCGAACACUUCGUCUUCACCUUCUUCAACGCCUUCUUCUCCUUCACCUCUUAACCCCAUAGCCAGGCCAUCUAAUAUUAGCUGUAACAGUAACCCAUUUUCGCAAUCUUCUCCGAGACUCCCAAACGGCUUUGACUUCAAGAACCCUUCUUCUCCAUCCUCAAAUUCUUGGCCGCUUUCUGGGUUUUCAAACAACCCCAUUAGUAGUCCGAAGUCUAGUCCCUUGCUCUCAUACGACAAUAUUCGGUCUGGGUCGUUUCCACUCCCGCUUCACCACUACAAGGAUGGUGGCGAGGCUGCUGUUGCUGCUAAUGCUGACCUCAUUGACGAGCAUCAGCUCAGUGAGUACCUCUCUUUUAUGAACGACUCGUCGUCUAGGGGUGAGGAUUUAGUCGAUCUGCGGCUCGAAUUGGGUCACGGUGCUCAUGAUUGGGGUCAUUCCGUCAACAAUGGAGAUGCCCAUUUCCACAGAAGGAGCUACUCGGCUAGUGAGGUAUCUUUCGGGACUGAAGAUUCAGGCUUGGGUAUUGGAUUUAAGCCUUGCCUUUACUUCGCUAGAGGGUUUUGCAAGAACGGAAGCAACUGCAAGUUCGUGCAUGGCGGCUUCGGAGAUGUAGUGGAACCUUCUGGUGCCAUUGUGGGUUCGCCGAGUAAGUUCGAGGGCUUCGAACAUGAUGAAAUGAUGAGAUGGAAGGCUGCCCAGCAGCAGCAAAGGUUAGCUGCUGCAUCUCAGUUCAUGGCUGGAGUCUCACCAUCUGUUAACAAGUAUAUGAAUUUCCUCUUGCAACAGCAUAAUGACCCCCAGAGAGCCGCAGCCGCAGCAGCAGCACUCAUGAUGGGAGAGGAUUUUUACAAGUUUGGGCGUUGUCGACCAGAAAGAAAUGACUUUUUGUCAAUGUCUGCUGCUGAAAAGAUGAACUCGGCCUCAAGACAGAUCUACUUGACAUUUCCAGCUGAGAGCACUUUUAAGGAUGAAGAUGUUUCCGAAUAUUUUAACAAGUUUGGACCUGUGCAAGAUGUAAGGAUUCCUUACCAACAGAAGCGGAUGUUUGGGUUUGUUACGUUCGUCCAUCCAGAAACCGUGAGGUUCAUUCUGUCUAAAGGAAAUCCUCAUUUUAUAUGUGAUUCUCGUGUUCUUGUCAAGCCUUAUAAGGAGAAGGGAAAAGUUCUAGACAAGAGGCAGCAGCAUCAACAACAACAGCUUGAGCGAGAAUUUUCGACAUGUUUGAGCCCUUCUGGACUUGAGUCUAGGGAAUCCUACGACCUUCAGCUAGGCGGGAGAAUGUUGUACAACACACAGGACAUUCUCUUGAGAAGAAAAUUGGAGCAAGCUGAACUUCAACAGGCCAUUGAACUCCAAGGGAGAAGGUUGAUGAAUCUGCAGCUACCAGAGCUGAAGAAUGAUCGAUUGCACCAUCAUCAGCGUAGUCUCUCUGUUGGUGCUCCUGUUCCCUUACCCCCUCAGUCUCUUUCAAGCAGUAGUCAAAAUUCAUUUGAUGGCGUUAAACAGGAGGUCCCAGAAGACUGUAAUAAAACUGCUACUGCCACCAUUUCUGUGACUUCUGAAGUAGCAGUGCAGCAGCAUCAGCAAGAAGAAGAUUCUGCUUGCAUUGACAAUGAUGUUAAGGAGAAGGUCUUUGUCUCAGAAGAUCGUGAUCUCCAUAGAAGUGUAGAACAGGUGCUUCCUGACAACCUCUUUGCUUCUCCUACUAAGGCAUCUGGUAAUCAUAUCUCCGACUUCUCCACUGCUGUGGUGGAAUUAAAUGAAAGUACCACACUUGCUAGUGAAAAAAAUUCGCCACCACCUAUCUCUUCUGCCUGCUAUAUGGCGUCUAAUCCAUAACGAUUUAUCUUGUGCAAAGGUGCUGCUAUUACUCUUAUUAUUUUAAUCUCUUUGCCCUCAAUACAUAGAGUGGAAGAUGGCAUAAGAAACCUGCUUAACAUUGCUUCUUUAUCUCAGGAGUAAACAUGGCCAGCAGGGAUUUGACUUUUCUUAGGUAAGAAGUGAUGCGUUGGAUUAUUGUUUUCUUCUUUCACCAUGAAAAGAAAGGGAUGAGGGAUAGAAGUGGUUUCUUUCUGAUUGAUUCUAAUGUUCAUCUUUGCAGAAACUUAGAAGCAUAGACAAGGAAGAAAACUCUAGAUGUAUAGCUGAAUUAUACCAACAUCAAAGAGUAGAUCCAUAGAGACGAUCUCAGCGAGGUCUACACCAUCGUCGUCUAUACAAUACUGCUAACAGCAUAUACAUAUUCCAUACAUAAAGGACAGAUGAAAUGAUUUAUGAGUUUUUGUUUGGGUAGGUUUUCUCUUUUCUACUUAUGUGUAAGAUCUUUUUAUAGGUUUUUGUUGGACCACAUAGAGACUUAGAGCAGGACGAAGAUUGUAAUGGAUUACAUUGUUGUCUACACAUCUUUGCUUUCUUUACUAUCUUUUACUUCAUGGGGUUGAAUUUAGUUGAAUUGGAGAUUGUAAGAGUAUUAGGUGAUCUGUACAUGUUUUACUAAAGCAGCUGAAGAAAGAUUCAUUUCAGUGGGGAGUUAAAAAGGAAAAAAAAAAAAAAAAGAGAGAGAGAAAAAAGUGAAGUACAUAGGCAAAAUGAGAAGGAACACAGGAGGAGAGGUCAUCAAAAGCUGUUAAACUGGGUUUGUGACCUUUUAUUUUUAUAUUUUUAUUUAAUAUCCCCUCUGCCCUUUUCUGGGUUUUGUUUCGUUUAAACUCUUUUACUAUAUUUUAUUUGAAAGAUCUUUUUUUUUUCCUUUCUUC